CAAAUGCCAUGGCCCCCUGAUAGCCUCAGCAACCCCGUGGUAGCUUGCCCUCUAUUAUGCAAGAGGCGUCACACAUACUACCCUCCCCAAUGGAAGGAAUUAUAUGGCCACAAGCCUCCAGGCCAUCUCGAACUUACAAAGGAUAAGAAAUAUCACUCGGUCCUAGAGGGUGAGCCUGUGAUCAUCAAUCUCAAUCGUUAUUACCAUGGAUAUGUCCGCAAGCUACUCGCACAUGGCUUCUCUGACAAAAUGUUGAGGGAGCAGGAACUAGUUAUCUAACAAUGUGUUGCUUUGUUAUUAUAGAAGCUACAAGAAGUCGGUAAAGGAGGUGAGAGGUUGCUAUCGAUAUUCAAUCGUGGUAUAACUUCAUAACGUUCGACUUGAUCGGGUUUCUUAGUAAGUUACACGGGGUUUCUAUUAGUAUCAUGUCGCCAUCAGACCUCGCCUAUAGCUUUUGGGGGGUCCUUCGAUUGCCUAGCCAACUCACGGAUUCACAAAUGGAUCGAAGUCUUCUUCAGCUUCGCCAAGUUCAUAGCUUUCUACCAAGCAAUUGCCCGGUUUCGUCAGUUUAAUAAGUCGGGAAAGAUGACUCGCGGGCAACUCACGGGCAAUGCGAGUAUACUCAUUAGUGCUGGAAGCGAGACGACGGCGAUCUUAUUAACAGGCCUCACUUAUCUACUCACAAAGAACCCCCGGGUGCACGAGAAACUGAAGAAUGAGAUCCGGGGGACUUUCCAAAGCCCUAACGAGAUCACGGUGACACGCGUCAACCAAUGCAGGUAUCUCCUUGCGUGCAUGGAAGCCGCCCUACGGGUCUACCCUCCGCCCCCCCAACCCCAUCAGCGGAUUGUGCCACCUGAAGGUGCUAUCAUCAAUGGCGAGCACCCCCGAGGGCGUGGCCGUUGGUAUUCCCAUAUACGCCGCUUCCAGAAGUCCUCGGAACUGGCUACGGCCUAUGGGUGGGUAGCUCUAUUAUAUGCGAGCCACUAAUGUAAAGACUCGCUGCUUCAUACUGCUGAGAAAUUAAUAAACUGUAUGAAGAACUGUUGCUCGUCUAAAUCUAAUUGACUGUUUUGAAUCCUUGUAAGGCCUUGACUUGUUGAUAUAAGUAGUGUAUGUACUGUAGCACGCUCGCAUAAGCAUUGAUUAUUGCUAAUAUAAAAUCUCACCCUACUACCGUAUAAAUAUCUAAUCCAUGGCAUUAACCUUGGUUAGAUCGACAUUUCCCCACGCAUGAACAAUGCUGUUUCCCCACUGCUUGCUCGUUAUGUGCCGAUAUUAUUAAAUAUCCAUCUGGAGUAAUUACUAUAGGUAUUAGGUACUCUUAGCUAUUCGGAUUAUACUCAACUAAUGUCUCUCGGACCUGCCAUACAUAGGCACGGCUCCGAAACUCUUUCCAACCGUAAGAGCGCGGUUAUCCGGACCUCCGGGUAAUCCCGAAACGCGGAUCUAUAUUACGGAAGUUGUACUGUAUAUUCCUUGGUCGGAGGAAACAGGUAGGUUAGCCUUUUAAUAUUGCAAAUAUUAAUUAUUGUUGUUGUUGACGAACGGUCGGUGGCAUACUACGUGUUUAUAGUUGUAGUCUAAUUGCAUAGCCGUAGUUUACA